UUGUUGCGCCUCCGCCGCCGCCGCCGCUGGCGCUUCUGCUGCAGCUCACAACUUCCAGAGAGCCUCGUCUCCGGCACAACAAGUCCGCCCUCUGGUUCCCCCCCGUACCGGCCGGGGGAUGCUCGUCUCGCUCGCCUUCAAUGCGAUGUGAUAAAUGGGCCGCGCAGGAUGUGAAGCCCCGCAAGAAGAAGCAGGAGGAUGGCGAAACCGGGCUUGUCUGCCGCGGCGCUGCCGCUGCUCCUGCUGGGCUCCUUCCUCUCGGCGUCCUCCGUUAAAGCCGACGCUGCGCUGUCAGCUCCGCUCAAUGUGACCAUCAGAGAGCUGGAGGUCAACUCGGCUGUGGUGACGUGGGAGAUCUUGGAGGGAGAUCCCGUCAUCGGAUUCGCCAUCACGCAACAGAAGAAGGAUGUGCGGAUGUUGAGGUUCAUCCAGGAAGUGAACACCACCACCCGCUCCUGCGCGCUGUGGGACCUGGACGAGGAUACCGAAUACAUCGUCCACGUCCAGAGCAUCAGCAUGGGAGGCAGCAGCCCCCCCAGUCAGCCCGUUCUCUUCAGAACGCCAAAAGAGUCGGAGAAAAUGGCGUCCAAGAAUCCCGACGAGGUGACGAUGGAGGAGGUUGGUCAGGAUGCCCAGCUGAGGGCCGGAGAGCUCAUCAUCAUUGUUGUGGUGCUCGUCAUGUGGGCAGGGGUGAUUGCCUUGUUUUGUCGUCAGUAUGACAUCAUCAAAGACAACGAGCCCAACAACAACAAGGACAAAGCCAAGAACUCCUCAGAGUGCAGUACUCCUGAGCACCCACAAGGGGGGUUACUGCGCAGCAACGUCUAGGACCAACCUUCUGUCGCCUUCUGCAAUAACCAACCUAAGACCUCAGGACGGACCCUGAGACCAACAGAAAGCCAUUCUCAGAAAAAAGACAAAAAAAAUAUUGACGAACAGAUCAAACCAAUAAAGGAAUCUUCUUGAGACAACGGAGCGAGCGUGCAAAAUCAAAGGCUAUAAGCAGCCGAACCGGAAACGGCGGACUGUUGCCUCCCUCCUGCCGAUACACGGCGGACUUUUGACCGGAGCUGCCCGAUUCAUAUGGUUUUGUUACUCUUCGUCGGUGGCAUGGAAUCCCCCCUGACCUCUCUACCCUGGGAGUGUUGAUUGUCGAAUGUGAACGUCAAACUCAACAUGUGGACGCCAGCUCCAAGGUGGCGGGAACUGGAGAUGGGCUGGUCCAGGUAUCAGCCAGCGCACAACUAUGACUAGAGUUCAUGUUUUCUGUCGGUCCAUCUGCUUUGGUUCCUUUCUGUCUUUGUUCCUGCUCAUCUCUCUCCUUGUCUCUCUGUGUUGGUGUGGCUCUAAUAAGCACAUUGCCAUUUGGUGCUCCUCUUACUGUGAUUGCUUCUUGAACUCCUCUACAGUCCCACCACUGAUUGCAGUCUGAGUUUUCUCCUUGGGUCGCGAGUGUUGCAUGACGAGUGUCGUCUCCAGCUUUUCUCUCUCUCUCGUUACCGUCAGUUCAAAUGAUGCAUCCGUUCCUUCGCCUCACUAAAUGGAACUUUAAACUCUCCCAUCAGCCCAGCAGAUCACAUUUGACAGGCUUAUUACCCUCCACCUAUAUUUUGCCGACGAGGUGAUGACUGAGUACGGCUAUGAUUCACGGAGAGUUCAAGGAUUGACAAGGAGUGCGUCACCCGUUUCUGACUUAUUGUCACUUUGGGUUGUAAAACUACCGGGCCCUGCGUGGCGUGCCAACAUUUAGAAAGACGCCUCAGCGGGUUUGGGUAUCGUCGUUCGUCGCUGCAUAUUCAGCACCAUAUGCCGUUUGUGGUCCGCAGCAGGACGAGCAGGGAAUGUGUAUCCUCUAAUGCGAUGUAGAAUGUGGCCGCAUUUUCCCGUGCGGUUUGGCCGAAGACCAACGGGGAUGCCAGGAAGUGAAGGCCGUAAGAGGACACACUCAGUCCUGCGCUGGACCCAGAUCUGUCAAUGAAUGCGAGGCUCUCAGAACUCCUGGUACACUCUCAGCAGGAGAACACAACAUGAAACAGGACAAAAAUCUGACAUUCAGGAACUUCAUCCUUAAAACUGGGGUAUGUUUCUUUAUAUUUAAAAAAAUUACAUAUUUGUUAAAACUGUCACUAUGUCCUCAUAAAUGUCCUUAUACAUAUAAUAUGAGGCAAAUAAUCUGUGAAAAGAUCAAUCUAAUAUAGCCGUCCCAAAAAUCAUUUUCCGGUCUCAGUUAAAAACAACUAAUCAGAGCCAGGAGGAGGGUCUUAGCGCUGUCAAUCUACCUCGUGUACGUUCUACUAAAUGUGAAGAAACAACUUACCAUUACAGGAAGACCGUUUAUCCACCGUCAUCGCCAUUAGGGGCCAUGCUAACUAGCCUUGGCAUCCACGGCAGCCUUCAUUGUGGUGAACCAGCUGUAGCAUAGCAGAAAGAAAGGGGGAGGGUGGUUGACAGCGCUAAGACCCUCCUCCUAGCUCUGAUUGGUUGUUUUUGACAGAGCUGUGUAUUUAUUCAAAUGAUAGAAAGUCUAAGGCGAGGGAGCUUGAUUUUUACAGACUAUCUGCCUCACACCAUACUGUGAUAACAUAGUGAGAGUUUUAACAAGCAUGAGAAAAAAACAUAUUUUUGAUGAAAAUGAGACAGACAACUAGAUUAAAACUUCCUUGAUGGUACAAUAUACAAUGUCAGCCACUUAUUGACCUUAAAAGUAGCAUAAUCUCACACAGAAAAAUCUAGAAUUCUGGUGAAGCGUUUCUAUAUAAAAUUUUGCCAAGUGAAAUACUUAAAUAUUCUUUUACUUAAAAAAAAAGUAUGUCUUCCACUUUAAAUACGUCUUCCCCCCCAAGGUUCCCAGGGCGUUGGGAAAAGUAGUCCCACAGCAUUACAGAUCCUUCACCGUACUUAUGGCAUGGUUGCUUUUCCUUUAAACUUUGAUUGACUUAAAUACAUUAAAUACAGAUUCCAAUUAUGCAAUGUCAGAGAACUGUCAGAGAACUGCAUUGAUUAAAGCAAUAAAAUAAAAUAAUCUGCAUCCUUAUUAUGGUUGCUAAUAAAUUUGGCGGCAAGAGAGGACACUGUUUUUGAGAAAAUGUAAAAAUAGUUCAAGUCUCUGAAGCGAAAAUGAGAAUAUUUUUAAAAGAAUACCUACUAAAUAUUUGAAACCCCUGCAAGUUCUUGACAAAGUUUGACCUUCACACUUAAUUGGUUGGAACUCCAUCAACGCAUUCAUAGAAAUGAGCGAAGGACUUCCUCAGCUAAAGAUAAGGCUUUGUUAUCUCCUCCUUCGCUUCCUGUUCGGUUAAGCUGCUCUGUCCGCACAACCCCAACCACCUGCUGACGUCACUCUGACAGACAGUCAGAGAAACACCUCCAGACUAAAGUCAGCGGAGGUUCUCUCUAUUAGAGAUAAUGAGUUCAUGGCUCAGUGAGCUGCAGGUUGAGAUGUCCUCUAAUCAUCAGUCUAGAUUUAUUCAUUCACACACAUUCAGGCUGGAUUUUAAUGCCGUCUUGCGCUGGGAGAAAAGCAGCCAUUUUGUGGCGACAGUCUUAUCCUGCCACCGCCAUCGGCCCCUCCCAACAACCAUCUCCUGUCCUCAUCCUCCUUCAUUCUUCCAUUUAUGACUUUACCCUCAUUCGUCGCUCUCCCUUCCUCUCUCAUAUACAUCGCUAACCGUCCUUUCUUGUUUCUCCCCUCUCGCCGCCCUGACUCUCAUUACAUCCACUCUCUGAGGUUAGCCGCCGCCGUCUCCCGCUCCACAUGAGCUCUUCGCUCCCUUGUUCCGGCCCGGGCCCACCGCCUACCCCUCGCUCCUCCGCUCGUUUGUCACCUCUGCGUCCUGGACUGGCUGGAAUGGCCACCUCACCUGGUAACAAGUGAGGAAUAAUGGAGGGUGUAGAAAUCAAUGAAAAGGUUGAAUCGAAUUGACCGUUUUUCACUACUCAUAAGUGCGUGCCUGUUAAUCAUUACUUUGAGCGACUUUCCUUUGCAAACGUAUGUGAGAUUCUGCUAGGCCUAUCAAUGUUAACACAUGGGAUUAAUCAAAACGUUUAAUGUGCCUAUUUAUCGCAUUACCUAUUUUGACCUAACAGCCACUCUCCGGCAGAGGAUUACUUAGUUCAAAAUAAGCGUGUCACACGGUCUUGUACUGCGGUCAACAAUUCAAAGUCAUAAACAUGAGUGAAAAGAUGAGCGAGGAGAGUCAGAUUGGUGUGCUCAGCCGCACAUUUUGCUUUAAAACAAACACUCUGGUUAGGAACAGAGAGUUUAUAGACCUCGUCUCAGGUUCGAUUCCCGUCUUCGGUUUCUUUGACUUAAUUAAUCUGCCGCCUUCCUGCCAGAUUACUGUCAGACACAAGCCACGAGUGCAACAAAACUUCUUAAAUGAAAAACACCAUGAUGGACGUUUGAGUAAAACCGAGCUAGUGUGUAGCCUACUUACUGCAAUGACAAAUUAUCCUUCCACUGAGGCACAACCAGUUUUUAGCUAACAUUUUUAAAUUAUGUUUGAAACAAAAUGGCUUAUUUGGAACCCUUCCUGAAUAUGAAAACCUGCAAAAGUAAAACAUUUUCUUAAAUAUUUUUUUAUAUUUCGAGCUUAGAAAUUUUAAGCAGUGAUUAAUCCACACAGUGCUAUUUUUCAAUCAAUCGACAGCAAUCGUUUUUGCCACCAGAUCCACAUGAAAAGCUUAUAGUGUUGCAAAAAAUAUCCACUUUUUACGACGCAAGUGUUCAGAUUUGUAAUGGUUGAAGGGUGCGCUUGUUGAGGAGAUGACAGAAGCGGGGCGCUGAGGCCGCCACGGCAGAUUUAAGCAACAACAGAUAAACGAGUCAAAUGGAUGUUGAGCUUUAUCCAAGCCCCCGCAGGUCUGGGGUCAGAGUCAGAGGUAGCCCUGUAAGAAGCUGUGAAGAUUUAAUGCCAUUGUUGUUGCUCCGUCUGUACAGGUGAAGCAGAUGAAAGCCAGAGGAAAGACUCCACUCAGCAAAUCUGGAGAUAUUUUUAAACCGCCCACCCUGCUUCCUCUUUCUGUUUUUUUUUUUUUUUGUUCACUGCCCUGCUUUCAAUAUGCAAUCGUGUGUGAAGUACAGAAUUGGAGGAGGGAUGGAUUUUUUUUUUUCAACUGAAUGAACAUGCUGGAUUUUAUUCAGAGACAUCAGGAUAAAGAGAGUUGAAUAGUUACCUUGCACUUUACCUUGUGUUGAUUUUGAUGAUCAAAAUCAAAAGACAUUGACGUUUGUGGUUGUAGUAGCGUGACAAAAGUGUAAAUCAUUUUGCCAGAUACUAUCUACUUUCUAAAUCAAAGUUUUUAAAUCCUCAAACCAUUUAAACAAGCAGCUUCCGGGUUCGUUGAAUCCCCGUUUUGAUCCACAUAGCUCCGGCUCUUAAGAACCCAGCCGGCACAAGCGCUUCUUAGUCAGUUUAGAGUAUUGAUCAGAAGCUUAAAUGUGCUAAUGAAUUGUCACAUGAAUGAGGGAGUUGUAUUGAUCUAUCUGGUAGGGACUGAUGACACAACAUAAAACUUUUUAGUUGUAGUUUUUUUAGGUCCUUGUGUGUUUCUGCCUGGAUAUUCAACCGCUCUUAUUGGCAGAACGUAAAGAGUUUAGUUCCAUUCUCUGAUUCCCUGACCCAUAACCAGCUGUAAGGGAUAGCUAACACAUUUUAUACAUUCAGAUGCAUAUUAAAAACAAACAAACAUAUUUUUACAUUUAGAUACAUGUGUGUCUUGAUACAGGUUAUCAUAAAAGGUACCUCUGUCUUUGAGAAUACCCCAAAUGGCCAUUUCUUUUGUUUAUACUCUUUAAUAAUUUGAUGAAUGAUCAUAAUACAUUGUACAUAAAGAAUAAACAUCCCCUAUUGGACUUGUUACUACAGAUUGGUUAAGAUCAAUUAAAUUUUAGCCAUUAAAGAAAGGAACUUGAUUUAUUGUUUAGACAGAAUUGUGGCUAAUUCUGUCUAAACAGGACAUUGUGGUUAAAAGGUGAGAGCUAAGAAAACUUUUUACAUAAAUACUUCUGUUCAUGUUAAAAUAAUUUUGGUUGAGGUUUUAGUUGAGAUGAUCCAAUAGCCCAACCAAAUCUGACUCUCUGUUCCUUUUGUUUAGUCAAAAUUUGGGCCAAACAUAUGAUCUACAAAAAUAUAUAUUUUAAUCUGAGCUGGCUAAAACAGAUUGACCAGCCUGGACAGCUCCAUAGAAAAUCCUGUCCUUGGAUGCCAAGUGUGUGCAGGAGGCUGAAGAACUUCAUUCGCGUGCCGACGAUAACUUUUUCAUUUUGUUUCUUGAUCUAUCUCAGGAGACACGUUCUUAACACCCACAUCGAGUGACCUUUCCGAGUGCCACAAUCAAUCUGACGUAGAGGGCGAUAAAAGCACAAACGUGCCUGGUGACUGUAAUGCUAUUGAGCCUGAAGCGGUACAUUUCCUGUACCGGUCUAAUCCAAGCACACAAACACACACACACACACACACACACGCUUAAACACUGCGCUCAUCCACCAACUACAUUCCGUAUGCUGGCUGCAGUCCAAAGGGGCCCAUUUGAGGAGGUGGCAGAAGGCAGGUCUGGCCUAGACUGCUCAGUCACUGUCUGUCUCAAGCUACAGGGGGUGGUUGAACAGCUGCUCAAGGUGAGCAUGCAGUCAAACGUGAAAAUAUGGAGCUCAACACUGGGGGAGACCAAAGAAGAGACAGAGAGAGAGAGAGAAAGACGCAAAACUCAAAAGAGUAUUCUCGAAUUCGAAUUGUCACAGGCGCAGAGCGUCAAAGGAAAUCGUUGCACCCAGUGACUGUGUGAAGUUUGAGUGCUAACAUGUCUGGCGUGAUAUUAAGGUGCCGUCCUACGAGGGAUUCAAUGACAGAAACCAUUCCAGGAAAAGGAAAUUAGCAUGAUAAAGUAAGUCAUUCUGCUCGUCUAAUUGUAUUGGACUAAUUGUAAUUCAUUGCUCUGCUUUACGUCCAUUAAUGCUCUGCUCCAGGAGACUUACUCUCUGUUACAUCUUUCCUAAGUGAGAUGUUUGUGUGGAUGUAUGAAAAGCCUCAGUACGGCUACAAUGUGAUUUAACUAAUCUCAUGUUCCUGUAAUACAGCGAAGGCUCCCGCAUACUCUGGCGUACUCUGAUCUCUCUUUGAGCCGCGCACCCCGUCUGCGGGCGGUUGAGAUUUCAUAGGUGAGCGUACAGAUUGCCUACAUUUCCCACAAUCCAAAUGGAUGCUAGCAACUAUGACGGGCUGGUUGGGUGCCUAGCCUCAUUUCUAGCCUUCACACACCUAUUAGUGUGGCACAAAGUGGCAGUCUGGCUGAUGCAUGUCCUUGCGGCUGCUUGUGCCAACCCUCAACCUAAUCAGAUUGGUGUCGCAUACUAAACAGUUCGAUGUGAACACCAUUUCCUGCAAUUUGCUGUGCGUCAACAAGUACACGUAUGGAGUUAUAAAAUUGUACCUUUCCGGUACCUUGGCGUUCUCAAAGUGAUGCACGCCCAGUUUGCGAGAGCCUUUUAGUCCUAAUAAUACCCCCAAAAAACUUUGUAACCCCAGUUCCUUUAAGUCAAACUUAAGUUUACAUUAUUUUGUUUACCAACUGAGGCCUACAAGAUGGCUAAAUCCCCCCCUUCCCCCACGUAUGCCAACACUGUAGAUGACAGAAUGAGCAAAUGUCAAGAACUUUGGAUAAUCCCAUCAAGGCCCUACAUAGUAUAGCAAAGACUGAGGCCUUUUACUUACAGCAUAUAUUUGUACUUUCAGUUUAA